GUCCAAUAAACAGUAGUUCUACAUAGAAUAUAAUUGUAUUUGAUUGUUAGAACUACAAGUAUUAUAAAAAAAAUUAGAUAAAGCAAAUUUAUUUGCAAAGCAGAAUUCAACACAAAGUAUUUCUAUGCGCUUUACGUCAUAUGAAAUAUAGAUUACUGUAGUAAAAGUAUAAUUAUAGUAAAAUGUCACACAAUAGUUUUAAAGUGCCUGUGACAGCAUAAUUAAAAAAAAAAAGCAUUAUUAUGUAAAUUAGUAUAUUUUGAGACGAUUCGACUAUAUACAACAAUUUGGCAAAGCGCAGAUGACGAGAAAUUAGUCUUUCAAUCUGCAGUUUAGACCCGCCUGUCAUUAUAGCGCUCUAGCGUCCCCAGCUGGAUGAUGAUGUCGGGAGGGUCACGAUUUCAUCUGAUUUAGAAUUCAGCCCAUUGACGGGGAAGAUUUAGAAUGAGGAAAAUACGACAGAGCAGCAAAAUGUCAUGAUUGUUUCAAUCUCUCCAAUAUUUUUACAGGAUAUUAUUUUUUAUCUAAGUAUUUUCCCCCAAUUGCUAAAUAAAUGGUAUGGUCAUGACAACAGUCUUGCUAAAUGGAAUAUGAAAUAUUAAACAUGCGUUUAUUCAGUAUGACAGGGCAAAAUUACUGAAUAAUGGUGAAAACUGCCGACUUCUUCCUCUCCUGAACGGUAUUUUAUGCCACUGGAGUUUGUCCAGCUUUUGUCCUUUCCCUGCCCCGGCUUCAAAGACGGAGGAAAGAGCAUAAACAAAACAGGAGGCAUGACAACUAGCCGACAUGCUAACCCGAACCAAGCAGCUUUUCCAAGUCUUAUUCUCGCCUUUCGGACUCAUGUCACACACAACGGCGGGGUUGAUUGUCUUCACCGAUCGGCGAGCCCCCGGCGGUGAGCAAGUUUCGGCUCGUCAUUCUCCUGCUGUGGGCAGAAGUGCUCGUUGCCAGGGACCCAGCUGGAAAAUGACCGCCAGACAAACCUGCUGACGUCGGAGCGGGGGUCUGCUCGUGGCCAAGCCGAGGAAAGUGCGUUCUUGGCGGGCACGCCUUUAUCAGCCGGCGACUAUGGUGCGCGACAAGCCGCUAGUUGUCGGCCGUUUGACCUUCUCGGUGGACAGGGACUAUUUUCACCCACAAAAUGCAAGCCACCUCCUUAUUAAACGUGUGCCAUGAUCCCAGUAUUUGACAUAAUAUAAAACACUAAGCUUACCCACCUCACAAUGGUCCCACAGUUGUCGGACUUGUUUUGGCCAUUAUCCGUGGUGAACGGGAACUAUUUGAAACCCAAAAAGGCUCACACGCCCAGACACGGCGCUCCGCAUCCGCAUAACACGCACUGCGCGUAGGGCACCAACUCUGCCUGAAGGGGCACAAAAAAAAUUGAAGUUUGUAAAAAAUCCUAAAAAAUAGUAAUAAUAACAACAAUAUAUAGUAUUUAAAAUAAAACUUAUAACGGAUAAAUGCAAGUAAUACAAAUAUAAGUAACAUAGGCUCAUUAUUUACACAAAAAAAGAAUCUCCUCUCCGGCCCUCUCGUCAGUCUACCAGAAAUGUUUCAAGACUACUGUUACAGUUAGACUUCACUUUGAUGGUUAAUGCAGUUAUUGCAAAUUUGUUGUUUUAUCACAAUAGAUUGGUUUAUUUACAUUUCAAAAACCAGAAGCCAUUCAUUUACGAAUGUGAUUGUACUUUAGUUUACAUAUUUAAAUGUUCAGAUAUUAAGAUCUGAAUGAGGCAAAACAACAUGCUUUUUCUCUCAAAUAUAUUGUUAUAAUCAUUUGUUACAGAUGUAAUUAUUUUCUGUAUCAAAAUUAAUUUGGUGUUCAAAAAGUCUUUUUUCAAACUUGAGUCUUGAAAAAGAGGGGGUCGGCUUAUAAUCAGGGCCGUCUUAUAUUUGGGCCAAUACGGUAAUAUUUAAUCAGACAAUGUUUUAAAGAAAAAAGAAAAAUGUGAAUGUAAAGUAAAAUAAAUUAAGAGUCAUUCAGGGGUCCCUAUGGUCCUGAGGCCCGGGACAACAUACCCGCUCCCCCCACCACCCGUCGAUGGGCUUGAGUAUACCAAUAUAAAAGAAUUCUUAUGAUGUCACUGGGAACCCCCGCUUGGCUUAAUUUCCUAAACAACUUCCCGUGGUUCACACGAUCAAAGACUUUGGAAGUGUCUAGAAAACACAUAAACAUAGAGGAGUUUUUCAUCAUAUAGGUAUUGACCAAUUCUUUUAAAACAUAAAUACACAUGUCCGUGUCAUGCCUAGGUUUAAAACCAAACUGUUUAUCUGUGAGUUUAUUAAUGUACUAAAUCUCUCCAGAAUGAGGAGUUCAAAUACCUUAGAAAGAACACUAAUGAGGGUGACAGAUCUAUAAUUGUCCGAGCCGCUCACUUUCCCUGCUUUAUCCUUGAUGACAGGGACUAGCAUCACCGACAUCAUAAGGUCGGGAAGACAGCCAUGAACCAUAAAGGAAGUAAAGCAGAGUGCAAGAAGUGGAACUAGCCUUGGACUAGCAUGCAUAAGAUGUUCGGCAGAUAUAAAAUCCAUACCCGUGGACCUAUUAACUGAUAAGUUUUUGAUAACUUGAAACACCUCAUGGGACAUGAGAUUUUCAUAAUGCUGUCGCCAGAAAGCAGCAAUUGCAAUAGUAUACCAGGGAAGCCACCUAUCGAGCAAGGGAAUCCGUACACCGAGUUAUUUGUUGGUUUGACACUUUUCAUUGAAGAGGGAAAACAUGGCCCAGCGUGUGUCUGUAGCUGAUGGCGCCCGCAAGAAGACCUCCAGGGUGAUGGUCUCAGUUCGUCUGCGUCCGUUUAUGAACAAACAAGAUGAGAAAGGCGAGGGACCUUGUGUGAGAGGCUUGGACUCACAGAACCUGGAGAUUGUUAACUGGAGAAAUGCUACAGAAACGCUCAAAUACCACUUCGAUGUUUUCCACGGUGAGCAAACAACACAGCAAGAAGUGUUCCUGACAUCCGUGAAGCCCAUUUUACCACAUAUAACCAGGGGUCAAAAUGCAAGUGUGUUUGCAUAUGGGCCAACAGGAGCUGGCAAGACGCACACAAUGUUGGGCAGUUCAGAGCAGCCUGGCGUGAUUCCUCGUGCUCUCGGCGAAGUUUUCAAUCUGGUCAAUGCUCAGAAGGAAGACGAGGGUUGGGACUACUCCAUUGGAAUGUCGUAUUUGGAAAUUUACAAUGAGAAGGUACUGGAUCUAUUAUCGCCAAAUUCCCAAGAUUUGCCCAUCCGUGAAGACAAAGACAAGAACAUUCUGAUACCGGGCCUCACGCACACAACAAUAACGUCGUUUUCCGACUUCGAGCGCCAUUUUGUGCCAGCUAGCCUCAAUCGCACGACGGCCUCGACCAAACUCAACCAGCGCUCCAGUCGAAGUCACGCUAUCCUCCUCGUAAAGGUGGUACGCACUCAGCGCUGCCUACCGCGCCGCCAACAAACGGGUAAACUCUACCUGGUGGACCUGGCCGGCUCGGAGGACAACCGUCGCACGGGCAACCAGGGCAUCCGCCUGAAAGAAAGCGGCGCCAUCAACCUGUCGCUCUUCACGCUCAGCAAAGUGGUGGACUCGCUUCGGUCAGGCGCGUCGGUGCGCGUGCCUUACCGGGACAGCAAACUGACGCGCCUGCUCCAGGACUCCCUCGGGGGAUCGGCGCACUCGCUCAUGAUCGUCAACAUCGCGCCAGAGUACGAGUACUGCUACGAUACGGUCGGCGCGCUCAACUUCGCGGCGAAAUCCAAGCUGAUUAUCAACAAGCCUUUCACUCAGGAAACUAUAGCCGUGCUGCCAGUGAAACGGGCCAGAGAGGAGCACGAGGCGGGGCAGUCUGGCACGGAGCCUCACAAGAAGAAGCAGAAGGACGAGAAGAAGCCGGAGCCUCACAGCCUGCCACAACCAUCGCUCAUAGAUAGGCUGCUAGCGCUGGAAAAGCGGGUGAUGCUCUGCGAGGGUAAAGAAAGAGCUGGUGCUCAGAAGGCGAUCCAGGAGCUAAAAGAGGAGCACAAGGCCAAUUUGGCCAAGAAGUCCAGGAACAGCGUGGCGCCUUUGCAGCCAAGGCAGGUCAACGUUUCAAAAGGAAAGGCACAGCAGGUCAUGGUGCAACCGCUACUGGAUCACACUAAUGCGUCCCGGCAGCUCGUCGUCAGGAAGCAGUCUGUGUGUGUCAAGAAGGAAACAACGGCCAUACUUCCGGACGGCAAAGAGAACCAAGUGAUGAACAGUUGGGAGUCCCAGCUGGACCGGAAUCUUCUGGAACAAUCCAGGCAGAAGAUUCUCCAGAUCCUCAACACGGGCUCGCUCAAAGAGCUGAAAAGCCUGCAUCAGAUCGGCGCCAAGAAAGCCGAGCUGAUUAUGGGAUGGCGGGAAGUGCACGGCGCCUUCACCAAGCUGGAAGAUCUAAGUCAAGUCGAUGGCAUGACAGAAAAAAGAUUUUCCACAUUCAUGAAGGUUAACCUUUUGAGUCUGAUGGCAAAGUGAAAAUCUUCAGCUUUCAUUUUUGCUUCUUUGAAUGUAAAUAUGUGUACAUAUGGACUGCACGUUUUUUUUUGUUUUGAUUUUUUUUUUUUACAGCUUUUAAGUCUUUUUAUAUUUUCAACCUCAAAAUUCCAUACACAUGCAAAGUG